UCUCCUUUUCUCAUAUUUUCCUUUUCAUCUACACAUUUAUGAGAUCAAAAGCUAGAAAUAAAAAUAAGGAAAAAUGAAAACCAUAUUAUUAACACCAUUUUCUGGACAAGUUGAUUUUUUGAAAUCGGUUCAGUUUCAUGGUUAAAUUAGUUAUGUUUGAUUCUUUCUUAUUCAAACAAUUUAAUAACAGUAUUUUAAAACUACCAUUUAUAAAGUGUAAAUGAAUCAGACCAAACAUCAACUCCCAAUUCAACCGACCGGUCCGGUUUUAAAAACAAUUACUUCCAAGUAAAUAUUAGUAAGAAAAUAUAUUUUCUCAAAAUAAACUUGCUAAUCAAGUAAAUAUCAUUAAUAAAAAAACUAAUCUUUGGAGAUUUGAGAUCAUUCCAUUUAUUUUAAUUUUCAUGUGAAAAAUUAAAAACAAGUCAACAAAACAAGAAGCCAGAAAUUUCGUUAUUGUGCGUGAUAGAGAUAUGGCUGCGAAACUUAUGCAAGCGAUUCAGUACGAUUCCUAUGGCGGAGGUCCCUCCGGAUUGAAGCAUGUUCAAGUUCCUGUUCCCACUCCAAAACCCAAUGAAGUUUUACUCAAAUUGGAAGCAACUAGUAUAAACCCAGUUGAUUGGAAGAUUCAGAAGGGUCUUCUUCGCGCUAUAUUUUUGCCUCGAAAAUUUCCUCAUGUACCUUGCACUGACGUAGCAGGAGAGGUAGUGGAGGUUGGACCACAAGUCAAGGAUUUUAAAGCUGGCGACAAAGUUAUUGCUAAACUCACACAUCAAUAUGGAGGUGGAUUAGCUGAGUUUGCAGUGGCUAGCGAAAGCUUAACAGCUGUCAGACCAUCUGAAGUCUCAGCUGCUGAAGGUGCAGGUUUACCUAUAGCUGGUCUCACAGCUCGUGAUGCCCUCACCGAAGUUGCAGGAGUUAAGCUUGACGGGACUGGCGAGCCCAAGAACAUUUUGGUAACUGCUGCUUCGGGUGGCGUUGGUGUAUACGCUGUUCAACUUGCCAAACUAGGGAACAACCAUGUGACAGCCACUUGUGGCGCUCGCAACAUCGACCUUGUUAAGGGCUUAGGUGCCGAUGAGGUUCUCGACUACAAGACUCCGGAGGGAGUAGCACUGAAGAGUCCAUCUGGUAAGAAAUAUGAUGCAGUGAUAAAUUGCACCACUGGAAUACCAUGGUCAACUUUUGACCCUAAUUUGACUGAGAAAGGGGUUGUGGUGGAUUUAACACCUGGCCCGAGUUCAAUUAUGACUUUUGCGCUGAAGAAACUUACUUUUUCGAAGAAGCGGUUGGUGCCAUUUGUUGUAAAUGUUAAACGUGAGGGCUUGGAACAUCUCGCUCAAUUAGUGAAGGAUGGAAAACUCAAGGCAGUUAUUGACUCCAAGUUUCCUCUGAGCAAAGCUGAAGAUGCUUGGGCUAAGAGCAUUGAUGGCCAUGCUACUGGUAAAAUCAUUGUGGAGCCUUAGGCACCGUUUUCUGUGUGAUGUUGUUUUUAUAGUUUCUACUUUUCUACACAAGGUUUGUGUGUAUUUAUUUAUAUAGAAAAGAAUAACGUGGGAUACAUCAUAUGCUGUAAGGUUUUUAAAUUCAUAUAUGUCUUGAUUCUCUCUUACUGGUUUGUAUAUGAUAUUUAUUGAGUGGUUCUUUUCUUUGAUGAAUGAUUUAGAAAUAAAUGAUUUCUUUGAUAUA